AUAAAAUUGAGUUUUAUCUGAAUUAAAGUUCACCAGCCACUGUGAGCCCCAUGCUGUAGCAGAAGUGAGAUCCUUUUCAAGCUCAGAUACCCCCUCCAGGGGUACAGCAAGUAUAAUAUUCGAUAUAAUAUUCAGCAAAUAUAAUAUUCGUACAGCAAAUAUAAUAUUACAGCAAAUAUAAUAUUCGAUAAAGCUCUAUAUGAAAAUAUUUUGGAAAUGGUUGUUGUUCUUAAUAAAGUUGACACAGUUUUGUAUGAUCAAAAAAUACUAUCUUUAAAAUCAUCCACAACAUCAAUGGUUCGUGGAGGAGUUUUUUUAAACAACUUAGAUUAUUUACAACUUCUAAUAAGACUCAAUUCUAACAAUGAUAAUUUGAUAAUCAAAAGAGAGUCAUCAUUUUCAAUUGUUCGAAUUGGAUUUGAUACCCUUUCAACAACUUGCGUUGAUAAUGGACCUAAUAUUCUUGGAAAUCUGUCUCAUAUAAAUGUGCUACUGAGUCAGGGUGAGAAUUUGAAUUUGGAAAUUUCUGCUACUGGAAGUAAUUUGACUUACCAAUGGCUGAAAAACUUUGAGCCUUUAAAGGGGAUGAUUUCACAGGUUUUAAAAAUGAUAAAUUUAAAAUUUAGUGACAGUGGAUCAUAUACUUGUGAAGUAAUUCAAAAUACAAUAAGAGUGUCCAGCAGUAUUGCAAAAAUAAUUGUUUUGGGUAAGUAUUGUCAAUUUUUAUAA